AUGGAAUGUAUUAAACCAGAUUUUAUUUUAUCUAAUAACACAAAGAAUUCUAAGAGAGAAAUUAUGGUGGAUGAUACAGAAUUAGUAAUUGAAGUAGAGAGUGCCAAUAUUCGAAUAUUGAGAAAGACGGUAAAUGCUAUAUACGGAGCUUUAAUUUUAUCAACUAAAACUAUUGAAGAGUUUAAUGAGAAAUAA